CACCGGCGCGGUCAAGCCAUGGCUUGCUAUAUCUACCAGCUGCCGUCCUGGGUGCUGGACGACCUGUGCCGCAACAUCGACACGCUCAGCGAAUGGGACUGGAUGCAGUUCGCCUCCUAUGUGAUCACAGACCUGACGCAGCUGAGGAAGAUCAAGUCUAUGGAGAGGGUACAGGGAGUGAGCAUCACCCGGGAGCUGCUGUGGUGGUGGUCCAUGCGGCAGGCCACUGUCCAGCAGCUGGUGGACCUCCUGUGUCACCUGGAACUCUACCGAGCUGCCCAGAUUGUCCUGAGCUGGAAGCCACUUCCUGAGAGCACUUCUCCCCUCCCAGCCUUACCAGAGGCUAUGAGACCAGGACCUGUGGCUGCUUCUGGAAGAAACCUCAAGGAGGAACAGGAAAGGAGUCAGCCUGCGGAACCCGGCUCCUUUCUGGACACAGGUACCACCACGGCUGGGGUCCGGCUGCAGGCCUCUCACCAGCUUCCAUGCAAGGAGGAUGCCCCUUGUUCCUUACAAACUGACCUGCCUGACUCCUCCCAAUCUAAGAAUCUCAGCACUUCCACGUCCAUCCACAAGCAGGAGAAGCUUUUGAGUUUGCCUGGAGACAGGCUUUUCUGGAGUGAGGCAGAUGUCAUCCAAGCAACUGAAGACUUUGACCAAAGCCACCGAAUCAGUGAGGGGACCUUUGCUGAUAUCUACCGGGGGGAAAGGCAUGGUGUGGCCUUCGCCUUCAAGAAGCUCAGGGAGAUGGCCGGCUCAAGUCCAGGGUCUCUGGACAGGUUCCUGCAGGCGGAGAUGCAGCAAUGCCACAGAUGCCGCCACCCCAGCAUCCUACCUCUGCUGGGCUUCUGCACUGGAAAUCGGUUCUACGGGCUCAUCUACCCCUACAUGGCAAAUGGCUCUCUGCAGGACAGGCUCCAGGCUCAGGGCGACUCAGACCCGCUGCCCUGGCCCAAGCGUGCCAGCAUCUGCUCAGGGCUUCUGCUAGCCUUGGAACACCUGCAUAGCCUAGACAUCAUCCACAGCAAUGUCAAGAGUGCUAAUGUUUUGCUGGACCAGCAUUUGAACCCCAGGCUGGCUCAUCCAGUGGCUCAUCCGUGUCCUGUCACUAAAAAGACCAAAUACACCGUAAUGAAGACCCACGUGUUCCAGGCCUCAGCUGCAUACCUGCCUGAAAACUUCAUCAGAGUGGGACAGCUGACCAAGCAAGUGGACAUCUUCAGCUGUGGAAUUGUGUUAGCGGAGGUCCUCACUGGAAUCCCUGCGAUGGACAAGGACCGCAGUCCAGUUUACCUGAAGGAUUUGCUUCUUGGUGAGAUGGCCAGCACUACUGCCUCGCUCUCCUCCAGGAAGACAGGCCUGGGGAAGGUGAUGGCAAAAGAGAUCUUCCAGAAGCACUUGGAGAGGAGGGCAGGGCUUCUUCCAGAGGCCUGUGUGGAGGCCUGGGCCACCACUGUGUGUGUCUGCCUGCGAAGGCGCAAUGCCAGCUUGGAGGAGGUACGAGUCUCCAUGGCUCCAGUGGAGGAGUGGCUCCGAGGUCAGCUGUCCCUUCCUUGGAGCAGGGUUUCUGAAGGCACAGGCUCGUCUUCCAAUACUCCAGAAGAGACGGAUGAUGUUGACAAUUCCAGCCUCAGUGUCCCCUCUUCUGUUAUGGUGGUGUCAUGUGCAGGGGUUGCCUCCUCUCCACUCUCCAUGGGAAACGGAACAGCGCAGCCAUCUAGCAGUGGGAGUCAGGAGGCUGACUCCUCAGAGGCCUGUGCCUGUGCACAGCCACCGCAGGACGCUACAGAGACUUCAUGGAAAAUUGAGAUCAACGAGGCCAAAAGGAAGCUGAUGGAGAACAUCCUACUCUAUAAAGAGGAGAAACUGGACAGUGUUGAGCUUUUUGGACCCUGACGAGCAGAUCACAUCUGUGGACCCUUGUCCUCAACUGGAUAGACAGUGUCCAAUCAAGGAAGAGGUCUUUGGCUGCCCAAGGUCUGUUGAGACCCAUACGACCCAAAUACCAGCCUGAACAGAAGGAAACUUGGUUUUAUUAGAGUUGAGUUGCAGGGAGAGGGGACAGGGGGACCUCAAUUUAUACAGACACCAAACUUCAGGAAGAACUCUUCCUCUUUGAAACUUAGAGGGCUAGGAAGUGAAAUGCCUGGUAUGAGGAUUUGGGUGGUUUUGUGAUUCCAAGGAGCCCAUGUUGAUUACUACCCCAAGAGAUGCUGUUAACCUAGAAGCUCCUAACUCCACAACUGACUGAGCCAGCCUGCAGCAAGCACACGUGGUGUUUCCCAAAGUUCUCAUCUGUCAGCUACGUCUGCGGCAGCUUUCUGCAAACUUCCACUGCUUACAAGACCUCCAGCUGGUGUCUCAUUGCAAAUCCUGACUCAUCUCUCAAGUUCAAGAUUACGGAAGCAAGACACUUGGCCAAGGACUCAGUAGGCUUUCUCUUUCUUCAGCUGGUAAUCCUGCAGGCCACUGACAUUCAUGAGCUGCCUGCUUCUCCUCUUCGUCCUCUCAUUACACCAAUGUUCUUUUUUUUUUUUUUUUAAUGGAGACUCCGAGACUGUGUAUUAUUUAUAGCUAGGUGAAGAGUCAUGAGAGCUAGUCUCAUGUUUGAUUCUGCUGCUAGUUAAGUCAGUCACUCAAUGGGUGGUAACUCAGUAUCCUUGUAAGAUAACAACCCCUGCUCUGUUCUCCCUGCCACAGCUCCUGGGAGGAAAGGUGCAGCGGCUAUAGACGCACUUUGAAAAUGCAUCUGUCAUGUUUUUUUUUUUUUUUUUUUUAUGAAAUAAAUAAAAGGCAUUUAGCUCAUUUUUUUUCUGCCAUGUAGAAAAUGUUUCUGCAGCGAAUAUGUUUUUGAAAAGGCACAUUGCAAACCUUUUUUGUGAAACAAAGCUAUUUCUAAUUCCACCUUCUUGUAAAAUAAAAAUGUGUUGUAAUCCA